UUUACGACAGCUGUAAACUGGGCCGGUCCAUAUCAGCUGAUCGCUGGCGUGAUCGCAACAUUACGAAAUUUGUCACCAUAAAGGAAGUUUUCUUCACCAUCGUUGCUUGCACGAAGUAUCAGUCCUGUACUGUGGAGUCUUUUGGUGCAGAGUCUGUUCCUUAUCCCAAGUCUACGUUGUGUUCAAAGAUGGCAGCUGAGAUGCCCACCCCAGCAGGUGCCACACCUGGAGCAGAGGUUUGGGAGGGUGUGGUCAUCUUCACAGGUGUGAUGUGGACAGCUUACAACAUGGCUCCCAACCUCAUCCUGCCUACUAUCAUAGUGUUUAUUGGAGCAUUUUCAUUGCAGUCAACAUGGCCCAAAUGUUCUGUUGAUCAAACACUUGGCUGGAACCUCAGACCUGGAGCUGGUAGUGGGCUGGUUACAGGAAGCAUUCUCAUCCCCAUGGUCCUCGUGGCCAAUAAUCUCCAUGGAAAUGCCAAAGAAUAUGGAGUGAGUGGGAUGUUCUGUGCCUACAGCCUGUGUAUGAGCCAUGCUGCCGUGUGUUUGGUAUGGCUCAGUAAGUCAGACCUGCAUCCAGACAGACCCAGCAUCAGGACCAUGGGCACCAUAGCCACCACUAUCUCUGUCUUCCUCAUCCUGCUUUUACAGGAUCUACCACUAGGUAUAGGGAAUUUUACCAUAGGGAUUCUGGGUGUGGUCUUCUGUCUCUGUGUCCUCCAUGGCCUGCUGACCAGCCUUCCCAGCAGCCUCUCCUUGGGAGAGGCUAUGAUUGCCUCCGAGGGGGUGGCCUUGCUGAUGAUUGACAGCUGUCAGAAUGUUUUCUAUAGGAACAGAAGUUUGGAGUAUGAGCUUUUACAGUCAGUUGCGCUUGGCCUGGCAAUCAUUGGAGUAGCGUCGGCGCUUAUGUUUGUGACAAACGACAAGACAGGAAAACAGAGCACAGCAUCCUGGAAAGACUCCUUGAGAUUCUACAUCCUGGUACUUAGUGUGGUGGUGCUCAUCUGUGUCCCCCACCUGUGGUGGCUUCUGGGAAGGAUCCCGAUCCUGUGGCUCAUGGGCUUCAUACUGGCUUGUGACAGCAGUAUCUCUCUGAUUGGCUACUGGAGUGUGAUGACAUUGGUUGCCAUAGCAACAGUUGCCAGGCAGAACAGGACCAACCCUGCAGGUGCAGGUUCCACCAUUGUGAGGAAGUAUUUCCAUCUGAUCGCCAUAGCAGUUUUCUUACCUGGACUGAUGCGGAAUCCCCAGCUGCUGUACAUAGGAUCUGUAGCAGCUUUGGGAGCCUUUAUUCUGCUGGAAUAUGUGCGGAUGUACAGAAUCCAACCCUUUGGUGAAUCCUUACACACAUCCCUGCGUGUGUUUGUUGAUGAGAAGGACAGAGGAGUGGCCAUCCUCACCCACAUCUACCUUCUGCUGGGCUGUUCCCUGCCUCUAUGGCUGUACCCUUCUGCAUACACAAUAGGUACAGAGCUGGCGAUGUACAGUGGUGUCAUCUCCUUGGGAGUUGGGGACACUGCUGCCUCUGUCAUUGGAUCAAAGCUGGGCAGACACAGAUGGCCAGGUACAAAGAAAACAGUAGAGGGCACCCUGGCUGCUGUGGUAGCACAAUUGGCAGCCUGUUGCACACUGAGUUUACUUGGGAUCCAGCCAGGGUUCACAGCCAACUUGAUCCCCAUAGUGACAGCCGUGUGUCUGACGUCAUUACUGGAAGCCUUCACCUCCCAGGUGGACAACAUUGUGACCCCUCUCUACAUGUAUGCACUCUUCAGCAGUGGGCUUUCAUCAUGAUCCAACACAGCACACUGGGAUACUCUCAUACUCAGGGAUAGAGUUAUCAUGUUUGCAGCAUGUGUAAUUAUCUGUUUUAAUUCAAUGAUUUCUGCAAGUCAUGUUUCAAUUUAGAUUUGUAAAUGGCUAUGGAAAAAUCUUGAAGGGAUUUAAAGAAAACUUUAUUUUAUACAAAUGUAUUUUUCAAUUGAAAUCAUUAUUCAUGAAAAGCAAUUCUAAUUAGUCACAGUAGACUUCAAUCUGGGAAAUGAAAUCUUUAAGUUGUAAUUGCAGUUGGUGAUGAACAUAAUUGUGAUUAUACACUAGUCUAGAGACUCGAUAUCAUUUAGUAUUUUGUCCAAAUAAUAAGAGGCUAAAAAAGACAAAUAUCUGAUGUAUUUUGUAACAGCUUGGUUAUAUUUGCAAAGUUAAGUACUCAGCAUCAUAGAACAACUACUAAACUAAUGUCUGUGUGAAUAAAUAAUA